GGGCCGCGCGAUGUCGCACGGAGCUGGGCUCGUCCGCACCACGUGCAGCAGCGGCAGCGCGUUCGGACCCAGGGCUGGCGGGGGACAGCGGAGCGCGAGCCCCUCGGAGGGUCUGCUGGACCCGGUCUACCCCCGCACGCAUGGGGCCCUGUUGAAAGUGGCGCAGAUGGUCACUCUGCUGAUUGCCUUCAUCUGCGUGAGCAGCUCCCCAUGGACCAGCUACAGUGCCUUCAGAUACUUUGAAGUGGUCACCAUUUGCAACUUGAUAAUGAUCCUCGCCUUUUACCUGGUCCACCUCUUCCGCCUCUACCGCGUGCUCACCUGUAUCAGCUGGCCCCUCUCGGAACUUCUGCAUUAUUUAAUUGGUACCCUGCUCCUCCUCAUCGCCUCCAUCGUGGCAGCCUCCAAGAGUUACAACCAGAGCGAGCUGGUAGCCGCAGCGAUCUUCGGUUUCCUGGCCACCUUCCUCUGCCUGGCGAGCGUGUGGCUCUCCUACAAGAUCUCUUGUGUGACUCAGUCUGCAGAUGCAGCCGUCUGAGGACACCACAGCCUCCCGGCCCGCAGGACGCGCGGCCCAGCAGACAGCACGGUCCGUGGGCCAGCGACCUGAGGGAAGACUUCUGAACCUGUGUCCUGUGCCAAAGUCCUGCCCGGGCUGGCAGGCACGGAUGGAGGGGGGCCUUCGCCUUCCUCCUGGGCUCCUGAGCUGCUGCGAACCUCUCUCUGCGGUCCUCCUUGGAGAACAUUCCUCCCCAUCAGGGAAAGAAAAGCAGCCUCCAGGGAAAUCUGGUGUCUCCCUCCUGCUUUUGAAACUGCCUCAGGGACCGGUGACCACACUUCCCACGGUGGAGGGGUUUCUGGGUACAUCUGCACAACUCCCGUUCUGCAGGGGAGUGACGCCGCCUUAAGUCUGCCCUGUGAAGCAAAGCCCUUUCCUAAUUUAUCUAGCCCGGGAAGCUGGCCUCGGAGGUGCCCUCGUUCUUGCAGUGAGGUGUGCUUGUAGGAGCCCUAGGUGGUCCACCUGUCCCCGAAGAUGAGCUCUCAGCCUCCUCUCCUGAUUCUGCCUUCGUGACCGUUGUGCAUGUGUGUCUCUGUGUUUUUUAAAUAAAAUAUUGAC